AACCAACAUCAAUAAAAUUGGACCGUAUUUUUUAACAAUAGUAAAGAAUUUCUAUAUUAUUCAAAACAACUUUCAGAGGAUUCUGUGCAUUGUUUAAUCUAAAAAUAAGUAAUUAUGUCGAAAUAUUUUUAUGAUAAAAUAACUCGUGACCAGAAUAUAUUAAUUCAAGAAGUGGAUGAAGGACAACGAUGCCUCGAAUGCAAAGAAAGGUGUUCUGGAUUUAGCCCUCAUCCUUGGAGAAUUAACUGUGAUAACUGUAAAUGUCCACGGUAUUCUCAUGAUCUUUAUCAUCAGGAUUUUGUCGAUGUUCGAAACAAAAUCGGUUUAAAGUCACAAGAUCCUAAUAAUAAGAUUUUGAAACAAAAAACAUUAGAAACGGGUUAUUCUUGGAUCCCAGUUGGAUUAAGUAGUCAGAAGAUCCGUGAUUAUUUCUUACAAAUUCCUGCUGAUAAAGUACCUCGAUUGGGAACUCCUGGAGAAAAAUAUCGGGAUCAACAACUGAUGAUUCAGCUUCCAAAACAGGAUUUCGCAUUAUAUUAUUGCCGAUUUUUGGAUCGCGAGUAUCAAACUAAUUAUGAAGAAUUUAUUAAUAAUCGAAACGAAAAGGCAUUAGAUAUUGGUAACGUAAAAAGUGCUGUAGAACAAACAACGGAGUGCUUUCAAUGUGGAGGAACGUUGAUCAGAGGAGACAUUGCAAUAAUUACUUCAAAAUUUGGAGAAAGAGUUAUGUGGCAUCCAUCUUGUUUCGUUUGUUGCGUAUGCAAUGAAUUGUUGGUAGAUCUCGUGUACUGUGUAAAAGAUCGAAAAUUAUAUUGUGAACGUCAUUAUGCAGAAGAAAUUAAACCUCGUUGUGCGGCUUGUGAUGAGCUCAUUUUUGCCAGAGAAUACACCAAGGCUAUGUCCAAAGAUUGGCACAUCACUCAUUUUUGUUGUUGGAAAUGUGACGAAUCCCUGACUAGUCAACGCUACGUGAUGAAAAAAGAAAAUCCAUAUUGUAUCCGCUGUUUCGAAAGAACAUACUCGAAUAUUUGUGACGAAUGUGGACGAAAAAUCGGAGUUGAUUCAAAAGACCUUUCGUAUAAAGAUAAACAUUGGCACGAAAGUUGUUUCGUGUGUUUCAAAUGUCAGGAUCAACUUAUCAAUAAACCCUUUGGUUCGAAAGGAAACAAAGUUUACUGUUCUUCGUGUUACGAUAAUUGUUUUUCCAGUAGGUGUGAUGAAUGCAACGAAGUAUUUCGAGCAGGCACUAAAAAGAUGGAAUAUAAAGGCAAACACUGGCACGAGAAGUGUUUCUGUUGCUCGGUCUGCAAUAAUCCGAUCGGAACAAAGAGUUUCGUUCCGAGAGACAACGUAAUCUAUUGCACCAUCUGUUACGAGCAAAAAUUUUCUAUCAGAUGUAAUAAGUGCAAUCAGAUAAUAACAACCGGCGGAGUGAUUUACCGCAAUGAACCGUGGCACAGAGAAUGUUUCCGUUGUACUAAUUGUCAAAAGUGUCUAGCGGGCCAACGUUUCACUACUUACGAAGAAAAACCUUAUUGCGCUGACUGCUUUGGAGAAUUGUUUGCCAAAAGAUGUACCGUGUGCAACAAAGCUAUCGCUGGUCUCGGAGGAACCCGAUUUAUAUCUUUCGAAAGUCGAAAUUGGCACAAAGAUUGCUUCUUGUGUACCACUUGUAAAACGUCAUUAGUCGGAAAGGGGUUCAUAACCGAUGGAUCGGACAUCCUUUGUACCGAAUGUGCCAAACGCAAACUUACCUAAGAAUUAAUUUUUUUUUUUGUUUAUUUAGUUUUUGAUGGAGUGGUUUCAAAAAUU